AUGAGCUCGUUUUAUGAAGAGGAUGAUGAUGAUGCUGGAGACUAUUCUUAUGGUUUGGACGAUAGUAAUGAUGGUGAAUCGAGACCCACAGUUGUAUUGAUGGGUCAAAAAAGGAGCGGUAAAACAUCUAUACGAAAAGUUGUGUUCCAAAAAAUGUCGCCAAACGAGACAUUAUUCGUCGAAAGCACUGCCCGUGUUACGAAAGAUGUUAUCGCAUCGUCUUUCAUCAAUUUUGAAACGCUGGAAUUUCCUGGACAAAUGGAUCCAUUUGACAGUUCUCUUGAUCCCGUAGCAACAUUCAAGCGAUGUGGAGCAUUGCUGUUCAUCGUUGAUGCUCAAGACGAAUACGUCGACUCUUUGAAGAAAAUGUCAGAGAACUUCACUCAAGCUUUUCGAAUCAACCCUAACAUUAAGUUCGAAGUGUUUAUACAUAAGGCAGAUGGCUUAACUGAAGAAAGCCGUGUCGACGCUCAAUAUGAUAUUUAUAAUAGGGUGAAAUGUCAAUUAGCAGAGCAAGGGCUUGAAGAUUUCAACGUAACAUUCCAUUUAACAUCCAUUUACGAUCACUCAAUUUUCGAAGCUUUCUCGAAAGUGGUGCAAAACUUGGUGAAGCGUCUUCCCACACUUGAAAGGCUUCUUGACAUUUUCAACCAGGGUUCAAACGUUGAGAAAUCGUUUCUAUUUGAUGUGGCUUCAAAAAUUUACAUCGCAACAGACACAACACCAGUGGAAAUGGCCGCAUACGAGUUAUGCUGUGAUAUGAUUGAUGUCACUAUCGACAUAUCUGGAAUUUACGGCGUUAGAGAGAAAGACGGUGAAGUGAUGAGCCCUUUCGAUGAUAACUCAUACGCUGUUAUCCGACUGAAAACUGACCAGGUAAUGUUUCUUCGUCAACUGAAUAAGCACUUGGCCCUUGUUUGUGUAAUACGUGGUGAGAAUUUUGAGAAACAAGGAUUGAUCGACUAUAACUUUAACUGUUUCAAAGAGGGUAUUGAGAAAGUGUUCACGGUACGGAAGCAGAUUCAGGAAGAGUCGAAACGUCCUUCGUAA